AUCUCCAAAAUCAAGAUUUGGAAAAGGAACUUCCUUGGUCUGUUCAAUCUCAUCAUUCAUAUGAUAGCCCACAUGCGAAAGCAUUUUUACUUUUGCAGGCUCAUCUUAUAAGGAACAAAUUGGCAAUAGCUGAUUAUGUAACAGACACUCUGUCGGUUUUAGAUCAAGCAAUUCGUAUUUUACAGUUAAUUAUUGAUAUCACGGUCGUAAAUAACAUGUUAAAAACAUGUCUUCAUACGAUGUCAUUAUUACAAUGCAUUAAACAGGCAUGUUGGCCUGAAAAUUCAUCAUUGCUGAAUCUUCCUGGAAUUGAAGAUCAUAUGAUUAAUUCAGUUCUUCACGAGGGACAUGUAGUCAAAUGCCUAGGCGAAUUAUUGGACCUUUCAGAAGAGGACUUGUCUAAUAUUUUCAAAAACAUUAGCGGACUUUCCGAACCUGAUGUAAAAAAGAUUUGUAAAGUCGUCAAAAACAUUCCUCUGAUGGAUGUCGGUUAUCAUAUUAAUAAUGCUAGUGAUUCGAUGGCUCCUAAGGAGGAGCGUACGUUAUUAGUUUCUUUGAAAAGGGUAAAGAAUAUAUCAGGAUAUGAUGGUAAAGUUUAUGCGCCUAGAUUCCCAAAACCACAAUAUGAAUCAUGGUGGUUGGUAUUUGGAGACAAAUCAACCGAUAGCAUAAUCGAGAUGAAAAAGAUUAAUAUGAGUAAUGGACUUUUUGGAGAAUUUUCUAAUGAGCAAACGUUCAAAUUGAAGCUAACAGCACCAGAGUGGGGAGGAAAUUAUCAAUACACGAUAUUUCUAAUUAAUGAUGGUUACCUGGGAUUAGAUCAACAAUUUGACGUUGAAUUUCAUGUUAAAGAUGCUAG